AUGAAAAAAGUGAUACGGACGGGAGGGUCCACAACUAAACUCACAUCUCCACAAAGUCAAGUCGAGAGAAAAGACAUCGACGCACUAAUAAAAACACACCUGGGGGGCGGAAGAUGCGAUUCGAUGAUUCUUCGUGGUAGCUACAGCUCCCGACAAUCGAAAACAACAAGCAACACAACCAAUGAUUCCCAAAGCCUCUACCUCAUAACCUCUCUAUUCGUCGCCACAAAUGGAUCUCGAGACUCGGAAAUGUGA